AUGCUCCCAUACCGUGAACGAGCGUGUGACGAACUCCUUCAAAACCCUUUACUUCGAACACCACCACCGGAGCCUGAACGGCCUCGUCCGCCUCGUGUACGUAAACCGAGGGAGUUCAAAUUACCACCAAGAUUCCCUCUUCUAUCAAAAGAUUUCUAUGCAACAUGGUGCAAUCAUCAAAAGGAGCUGCAAAUGGCCAAACACAAGGUGGACGACCAUCCCCCGGAACUUUUUCCCGAACUAUAUUUGAAGCCUCGUCGAUUGGACUACUACGCCAGACAGCUUGAAGAAAACAUGAAUGUUAAUAAGGAGUUACUUAAGCGCAUCAAUCUUAUACAACGAACCGGAGGUUUUGUAGAUUGCUGGAUGUACCCGGAGCUUACGGACACAUACAAUAAACUGUUGUGUAAGCAACGACAAAGAGUUUUGGAUGAAAUACGAAGACAGAACUUAUACUUUUAUUCUCGACUGUUAAUAGCUAGAUCAGAGCAACCACUUACAAAAGAACUUGAAGAACUUUGGAAGGAUACAAAACAUAAAUUAAUAUUAGGAGCAUCCUUACCAUUUAUUUUGUUCAAAACUGAAAAGAUAGAUCGUGAUAUAAGAGAUCCCGCUUUCGACAAACCACCUAACGCAAAUCGCACGAAGGUUUCAAUGGAUAUUUGGGUGGUUGGAGGGUCUAAGAUUGGACGUGUCACGAUUGAGCUCUUUAAUGAUAUCGCACCCAGAACUUGUCAAUUAUUUCUCUGUCUCGUAAAAGGUGAUAAAAGGGGUCACGCAUAUACGGGUACUAGAAUAUUCAGAGUAGUACCAGACUUGUACUGUCGAGGUGGUGACGUUACCAAAGAUAAUGGAUUCGGUUGCUACUUACCGGAAGGUCAGACUGACCCCAUGGAGCCUGAAUGUCUACGGCUUAAACAUUCCGUUCCAGGCGUCUUAUCAAUGGUGGUAACAUCAGAUAAUGAAGUGUGCGGACAGUUCAAUAUAAUUUUCAAACCCCUACCACAAUUCGAUGGCAAGCACGUUGUCUUCGGGAGGAUAACAGGAGGACCAGCACAAGCGCUCGAAAGAAUCAGCGCUUUAGGUCUUCCAUUGGGGACUACUACAUCUGACUGCAUCAUCAAGAGCUGCGGUUGGUAUACUCGCACUAAUCAGUAUAAAGAAGGCAACGCGAAUACUAUAAAAUUUCCACCACGACGAAAGGCUAAAAAUUGA